GUGUGUGUACGUUGUUUCCUGUCUCUCCAGGUCCACUAUGCAGCGUGCUCGUGGAACGCUUUGGUUGCCGGGUAACGGUGAUGGUGGGAGGGGUUCUGAGUGGACUAGGCAUGGUGGUCAGCGCCCUGGCCAGAACCAUCACAGAACUCUACAUCACCAGCAUCAUCGCAGGGUUGGGGUUCUGCCUGUCCUUCCAGCCCUCUGUGACCAUGAUGGGCCACUACUUUUUGAGGCGGCGGGCGUUUGCCAACGCCCUGUCGUCCACCGGCACGGCCCUGGGCCUCAGCACCUUACCCCUGCUGGCCAACUUCCUGCUGGGCCAGUUUGGCUGGAGAGGCAGCUUCCUGGUCCUGGGAGGUCUGCUGUUGAACUGCUGCGUGUGUGGGGCUGUCAUGAGGCCCCUGGGGGCCAAACACAGUGGAGCCCAGAGGACACUCACUAACAAGGCUGCCCAGGGGCUCAGCAAGCAACCAAUCAAAGGUCCUCUCCAACAGGAGAAGGAGGGACUUAAGGCAAGACUUAGGACAGCGUUCAGUGACCUUGUCGUGUUCCUACGGAGACACAUGGCCUUUGACCUGUUGGUCAGUAACCCUCGUUACCGUGCCUACGCCCUGGGAGUGACGUGGAUGAUGUUGGGGUUUGUAGUUCCCCUGGUCUACCUGGUGCCCUAUGCUACAGCCAAUGGUAUGGAACAGGACCGAGCCGCGCUACUGAUGGCCGUACUGGGCCUGGUUAACAUUGCUGUGAGACCCGUGGCGGCUGUCUUCUUCGGCCUGCCGCGCUUCAGGGGCAGUGGCUGUUUUGUGUAUGUGUUUGCGGUAGCCCUCCUGGUCAACGGGCUGAGUAACAGUAUCUGUGGUGCGGCCGCCACCUUCUCCGUGCUCCUGAUCUACGUGGUCAUCUUUGGUCUGUCCAUGUCUGUGAUUGGCUCUCUGCUCUUCACGGUGCUGAUGGAGACGGUGGAGAUGAGCCGGUUCCCCUCUGCCCUGGGUCUCAUCAGUAUGUUAGAGAGUGGAACACUGCUGAUUGGACCGCCGCUCGCAGGCAUGUUGGUGGACAGUACAGGACACUACUCUUAUGUGUUCUAUGCCUGCAGUGUGACUGUCUCCUCCUCUGGCCUCUUCCUCAUCGCAGCGUUCUACUAUCUGGACAGACAGAAGAAGAGAGCAGGUCCUCCUGCUGCUGCGUACCAACAGAAGCCUGCUAUCAGCCUAGUCCCUGACUGCCAGUACAGCCAUGUUCCUUCUACACAGGGAGGGAAGCCUGCUAUCAGCCUAGUCCCUGACUGCCAGUACAGCCAUGAUCCUUCUACACAGGGAGAGAGAUCAGCGGACACUGUUUGUGUCACCAACGUGUGACUUACUAAUAUGCACGUGUGUAACCCAGUAAGACAACCUGUCUACCUGCCUGCCUUAGAAUUCCAUCUAGAAUGAGAAUGAAGUAAGGAGGUAGCCUUCCAUGAGCCUUGGCCUGUAGGAGCUGCAGCAUAUCACAGGAACUGCUCACUGUGUAACGCCUCACUAUGAUGAGUCAAUGAAGGAUCUCUGUGGUGUCUGCUGUCUGCAGAGGGAAGAACUGGGAGGUUACACAUACACUACUGUUAUCAUCACUGUGAUUCCUAUGUAUGUACGUACGUACACAGGCAUUCACAACACAGGGUUUGCACACAGAUUUAGUCUGGAUUUGGAAGUCUCUCUCUUUCUCUCUCUCUUUCUCUCUCUCUCAUCAACAGACACAUGAGGCUGAAUGACACAACAUCCCUGUUUCAUUCAGACCCACUACUAGACGCUACAGUAGGACUCUCUAACAUACGGCCCACUAGUAGACGUUACAGUAGGACUGUCUAACAUACGGCCCACUAGUAGACGUUACAGUAGGACUGUCUAACAUACGUCCCACUAGUAGACGCUACAGUAGGACUGUCUAACAUACGGCCCACUAGUAGACGCUACAGUAGCACUGUCUAACAUACGGCCCACUAGUAGACGCUACAGUAGGACUGUCUAACAUACGGCCCACUAGUAGACGCUACAGUAGCACUGUAUAACAUACGGCCCACUAGUAGACGCUACAGUAGCACUGUCUAACAUACGGCCCACUAGUAGACGCUACAGUAGGACUGUCUAAUAUAUGGCCCACUAGUAGACGCUACAGUAGGACUGUCUAACAUACGGCCCACUAGUAGACGCUACAGUAGGACUGUCUAAUAUAUGGCCCACUAGUAGACGCUACAGUAGGACUGUCUAAUAUAUGGCCCACUAGUAGACGCUACAGUAGGACUGUCUAACAUACGGCCCACUAGUAGACGCUACAGUAGAACUGUCUAACAUACGGCCCACUAGUAGACGCUACAGUAGAACUGUCUAACAUACGGCCCACUAGUAGAUGCUACAGUAGGACUGUCUAACAUACGGCUCAUAGUAGACACAAAUAAAUAUUUGAAUUUGUUACAUUUUUUGACUAACAACAAUCUCAAUCGACAUUUAAAUGAUUAAAACCAACCCAUAACUACUUAGAAAUGAUAAUGGACCUAAAUGUAGUCUCUUCACUCUGUCCAGCUAGCUGAAAGCUACAUUUAUAGUCUCUUCACUCUGUCCAGCUAGCUAACAGUCAUCAUAAUGAAAGCUACAUUUAUAGUCUCUUCACUCUGUCCAGCUAGCUAACAGUCAUCAUAAUGAAAGCUAGAUAGUCAGGGAGCAUCAAAAAUUCCCAAACCGAUGGAUAGAGGACAUUUUGCACAUUUUGACGCCAAGACAAUACAUACACAUUUUAAGUGCGGCACUCCGGCCCUUGGUGAAGACUGAAUGCGGCCCGCAGAGCAAAAUGAGUUUGACAACCCUGUGCUAGAGCAGUGUUACUCACGAAGUGCGGCAAUUGUACUGCCAAUAACAUGGGCGACCCAACUAUUUAGUGCUUUAACUGUUUGGCUUUAGGAGGAGAUUAUGGUUGUUUGUACACUGUCACCGUGACAACACUGAGUAUGGCUAUGAAUGUAUUCCUGCACCUUCUUGAAUAUCCUCUGUGACUUCUUAGAUGCCUUGAUAUAACUGGACAUGAAACGAUAGCCUUAUGUAUGAAAGGAUAUACAAAUAUUUUGUAUUUUAGUCAACUUAUUUCUGAAGAUUUAAUAUUGAAUGUUUACAGAAUAUUAAACUUUUUCAAUAAAAGUAAAUUGAUUUGUG